CGUGGGCGUGGCUGACACGGGCGUGUCCCGCCCCCUGGCCGGUCUGCAGCUUCGCACACAAAUACAGUGGAGUGUUUGAUAAAAAUGCACUCAGAUGCGACAAAUUUUCAGCUGAACUCCCACUUGUCCACACUGGCCAGCAUCCACAAGAUCUACGACACAUUGCACAAGCUGAAUCUGACUGAGGACGUUGGCCCAGACACUCACUCUGCAGCCUGCUGCUCCAAAGCCAUGCCCCCAAGGAAAAAGAGGAGGCCCACUGCGGGAGAUGACCUGUCUGCGAAGAAGAGUCGCCAGGACAACGUGUACAGAAGACAGGAGUCAUCACAUAUCCAGGAAGCUGAAGCUUUCUCCAGUAAGAGAUGUCUGGAGUGGUUUUAUGAGUAUGCAGGUUGUGAUGAAGUGGUUGGACCAGAAGGCAUGGAAAAGUUUUGCGAAGAUAUUGGAGUGGAACCAGAGAAUGUGGUGAUGCUGGUAUUGGCCUGGAAACUGAAUGCUCAGAGUAUGGGUUACUUCACCCUGCAAGAGUGGCUUAAAGGAAUGGGUUCACUUCAAUGUGAUUCAACUGAAAAACUCAGGAACUCCCUUGACUACCUGAGGUCUAUCCUCAAUGACGCCACGAGUUUUAAGCUCAUCUACCGAUACGCCUUUGACUUUGCCCGGGAGAAAGAUCAGAGGAGUUUAGAUUUAAACACUGCCAAGUGCAUGCUGGGACUUCUGCUGGGGAAAACCUGGCCACUGUUUCCUGUGUUUAACCAGUUUCUAGAGCAAUCCAAGUAUAAAGUAGUAAAUAAAGACCAGUGGUGCAAUGUUCUAGAGUUCAGUAGGACCAUUAACUUGGAUCUCAGCAACUAUGAUGAGGACGGGGCUUGGCCAGUUUUGUUGGAUGAGUUUGUGGAGUGGUACAAAGACAGAGAGAUGUCAUAGCAACAACCGUCAUGGCCUCUACCAUCACCAAUAACUAGAAAGUAAUCUGCAACAGUCACCCUGGCAUCAGUGAACGAAAUGACUUAGAAAUGGUCCUUACAAAUGAAACCUAACCGGACCAGGUGGGGCAAACUGUAGGCAUCCUACCACUGAAUUUGUGUGUGUGUGUGUGUGUGUGUGUGUGUG